AUGGUUGUCGUCGUAGUAGAAAUUCCUAUUGUGGCAUAUGGUAAAUUUGCUGUGAGAAUGAAAUUCAGUUUCAGGAAAGCUGUCAUUAUGGCGAUGAAAGAUUAUACCAUCUGCAGAGGUGUAGACUAUCGGCUGUAUGAGUCGAAACCAUUGAUAUUUUAUGCCAACUGUAUACAGUAUGGGUUAGGUUGUGAUUGGCUUAUCAGGGUUAGCAUGAUUCGCAGAAAGUACUGUUGGGUUAUAAGGUGGUAUAAUAGUAGUCACACUUGUACCAGAGCCACUAUUUCUCAGAAUCAUUCAAAGCUAGAUUCGAACACAAUUGCAGAAGCAAUAAAGCCAUUGGUAGAGACUGACCCCUCUAUAAAGGUGAAAUCAAUUAUUGUGGAAGUGCAGUUGAAGUUCAAUUACACCAUCAGCUAUCACAAAGCAUGGUUGGCUAAGCAAAAAUCAGUAAAAAAAAUAUUCAGAGGUUGGGAAGCAUCAUAUGAAACUUUGCCUAUAUGGUUUAAGGCCAUGUGUCAUAAGGAGCCAUCAGUAGUCAUCCAUUUUGAAACUAUGCCUGCAUAUCAAGGCGAUGACUUGGUAACUGAUAUCCGGAUAUUACAUCGAGUCUUCUGGAGUUAUUACCCUUGCAUUAAAGCAUUCAGACAUUGUAAACCAGUUGUCCAAGUGGAUGGGACUCACUUGUAUGAAAAGUAUAUAGGUUGUUUGGUGGUUGCAGUUUCACAGGAUUGGUAUUCGAGGAUGGUUCGUGAAUACGACAUGCAUUACCAACGUUUACGAGAACGGGGUGAGGCUUACACUAACUAG